AGACAAGCAAACAUUUUAAAAUCAGAUUUAGAAAACAAAAAGUUAACACACUGGAAAAAAAUGGAAAAUGAAAACCAUGAAAAUUAACAUGUUUAAGAAAUUAUAUAUAUACAUCUGUAUUGACAUAGAUGCUUCACUGGUAAUAGAAUAAUUUCUUUCAAUGAAAAAUAAUUAAUGAAAUUUCAAAUAAAACAUAGCAUUAAAAGUAAGGCCUAAUUUUGUGUUUUACUUAAAAUUUUAGAUGCCUCGUUCAAAAAGCUGUGGACCUAAAUCAUACGGUUGUUUUAACUGCCAAAGGAGAACUCGCCAGAAAGACAGAUACCCUAUCCACAAGAAAUACAAGUCUCUUCUGUACAAACCUACUGGUAGGACACCAUGUGAAACAGACUCUUUAUGCAACAGAUGUCGCCACAUGUUUGACUCUAUUCUGCGAAGGAAGGAUGGCAAGAAAAAGAGCAGCACAUCACUGCAGCAACCUGAGGAAAAGGUCCUUCACCCCUCACAACAGGCUCCAUUCAGUCCGCCUUCGGUUACCCUUCCAUUUCCCUGUACCACCAGAGGUCAUUCUUCAUGUUGCCUAUGCAAGAGACCUGGUCCAAAGCUAGUAGUGGUGCCCGUUGACGUUCGACACAGGAUUUUCAUUUCCCAUGAAAUUGUCAUACCAGCUGGAGCCCGUUGUUGUCCCAAUCAUCUACAGAGAAACAUAGAGAAAAUCAGCCCUUCAGCAGAAACCACUACAGUGAACAGAUCCUAUAUAUCUCAGCUCAUAAGAUUUCUAAGAACAGAAGUACUGAAAACUGAGAAGACCAGGCUGAGCUUCGACAAUUCAAGUCACCUCAUUGACAGCGACUAUGUUGAUCUUCUAGGAAUUCCGAAAGCUGCUUAUGAUGAUCUCCUGAAAUAUGUGGACGGCAGAGUGAAAAGUACACCAUCAAGAACUGUCAGGACAAGUCUGGCCAUUUUUCUCAUGAAGCUGAGAGGAGGAGAUUCCAACAAGGUUCUUUCUACUCUAUUAAACAUUUCAAAGUCUGGGAUAAGAAGAAGCAUUAAGGUCAUUCGCUCUGCUCUCAUUGAUGGAAACUUUGUUAAAGAAAACCUUGGGUUCCAGCACAUCACCAGAGAAGAGAUCAUACAUCAACACACUCGUCCACUUGCACAGACCCUCUUCGGAGACAACACACAGCCACAAGUUAUACUCGUCUUGGAUGGCACAUAUAUCUAUAUCAACAAAAGCAGCAAUUUUAAAUUUCAAAGACAAUCCUUCAGCUUUCAUAAAGGGCGACAACUUGUCAAACCCAUGGUCAUUGUUUCCACUUCAGGGUACUUUCUUUCAGUUUUGGGGCCCUAUUUUGCCAAAGACAAUGAUGCAAGCAUCUUGACCCACAUAAUGAGAAGCAACCUUGAAGAUAUCCGCAAUUGGGUUGAAGAGGAUGACGUCUUCAUUGUGGAUAGAGGGUUUAGAGACUCUCUGACGUACUUGGAGGAACUUGGAAUUCAAGUCAAAAUGCCCUCAUUUAUGGAAAAAGGGGAUAAACAGUUGUCUACAGAUGCAGCCAAUACAAGUCGUUUAGUAACAAAGAUAAGAUGGGUUGUUGAGAGCGCAAAUGCAAGAAUAAAACAAUGGAAAUACCUCAGUUACAUUUUGCCAUCCAGCCAGAUCCCCUUUAUAGGGGAUUACGUCAGAAUUGUAUGCAGCAUUUGCAACAGGUAAUUAAAAAUUUACUUU